AUGUAUGCUCAAACAGGUGAAAAAAGCAAACUCCAAGGUUUCCCACAGUCUCGACUGCCUAUUUUCACGAGGGAAGAACGAAAACAGUUGCUGGGUUCUUCCGACUUCAUUGGACUGCAUCACUACACGUCGAAAGUCGUUUCACACGCCGUUGGCAACCAUGAAGUUGUCAGUUGUGCAGAAGACAGAGAUGUUAAACUUGAUUAUGAUCCUACUUGGCCAAUCUCGGGAUCUGUUUGGUUGAGACCUGUUCCUCCAGGAAUGAGAAUGCUUCUGAACUGGGUGAAAGACGAAUACCGCAACUUGCCAGUUUAUAUAACUGACAACGGAGUUUCAGAUACUGCUGGAAAUCUGGAUGACUUGCACAGGAUUUACUAUUACAAGCACUUCAUCAACAAUGUUUUGAAGGGUUCGUAUUUUGACCUUCUUUUGAACACUUCUCCAUUUCUGACUCACCGUCGGAAAAUAUGUCUACUCAUAGAAAAAUUCGGAGUGUGCGCUGUGGACUUCGCGGAUAAGAAUCGCAGACGGACGAUGAAAUCAUCCGCACACUUUCUUCGUCGAAUUUUUGCGGACAAUGGUUUCUUGAAAGAUGGGAAUCCGUGGUAUGACGUCCCUGAUGCUAAGCACUACACGGGGCUGCGCUGAUAAUUCUCGCAUAAGUUUCUUCCGAGUCAAGUGAAUGGGCUGUAAAACUUUAUCCUCGCAUUUGUUCCGAGCUGAGCUUUGCUUCGUGGUGUCGUAUUAGAAAAAAAGAGUGCAUUCUGAAUCCGAUCAGCAGAGGGUAUUUUUAUGAACUGAAAGAUUUGCUUUAAAUCCGACAGUUAUCACAUUUUUAAUACGAAUAUGAGUCCAAGUCCGUGCGCA